ACUGCGCAUGCGUGCAGGCAGCGGGCGUUUGAACUCCGAGGCUUCCGUAGGGCCAAGGAUGGCGGCCGCACUGCUGCGAGAGUUGGGUGCACUGUGGGUACCUAACCUGAGGAUCUGGACAACGCAGACGCUGCGAGUUUUACCGCAGUCGUGUAUCCACACAAGUCCUUCUCUUGACAUUUCUCGAAGAUGGGAGAAGAAGAAUAAGAUUGUUUACCCGCCUCAGCUGCCUGGCGAGCCUCAGAGACCAGCAGAAAUUUACCAUUGUCGGAGACAGAUAAAAUACAGCAAGGACAAGAUGUGGUACCUGGCAAAAUUGAUACGAGGCAUGUCCAUUGAUCAGGCUUUGGCUCAGCUGGAGUUCAAUGAUAAAAAGGGGGCUCAAAUAAUUAAAGAGGUUCUCUUAGAAGCACAGGACAUGGCAGUGAGAGACCACAAUGUGGAAUUCAGAUCCAACUUACACAUAGCUGAGUCUACCUCAGGUCGAGGCCAGUGCCUGAAGCGCAUCCGUUACCAUGGCCGAGGUCGAUUUGGCAUCAUGGAGAAGGUCUACUGCCACUACUUUGUGAAGCUGGUGGAAGGACCGCCACCCCGACCCGAAGCACCCAGGACAGCAGUUGACCACGCCAAGGAGUAUAUUCAGCAGCUGCGCAGCCGGACCAUCAUCCACACGCUAUGAGCCGUAACGGCCAUUCUGGUCCGCAGUGUAUAUACUUUACAUUUAUUUUAAAAGUAAAAACAAAUGAUUUUUAUGCUUUUCCAUUGAA